AUGUCGUCCAACGAUAAACGUCCCGUUGUCGCUGACGCCGCCGUGUCCACUGACCGCCCGACGCACUUUCGUCGGGCGAGGCAUCGACACACGACCACAAUCCUUCGCCCGAAGACAUUGUCUUUUGCGACCGAGUUAGCGGCGAACGAGACGCCACGGGCCGUCGCCGUCGCAGAGUGCGUGCCUACGUUGAGUUCGUACAAUGCGACGUCGAGACAGUGCGUUGCCCCCGUCCCAGCUGUGUGCCAAAAGCUCACGACGACCCAGGGCUGCGUCCUGCCAAAGCUCUAG